UUUUUUUUUUUUUGCUUUUUUCUCCUCUCUCUUUUCUCUCUCCUCUCUCCUCUCCCUCCUCUCUCUCUCUCUCUCUCUCUCUCUCAAGAAGCUUCGCCACCGUAUCUUCCCUUUACUUCGAAUCCCUUCUUUUAACAGCCUGGUUCCACAUGAGAAAGAUGAGUUUCCUUCCUCUCUUCUCUUUCCUUCACAUUCCAUUUCUCUUCCCCGAGCUCUAUUUGGAGCUUCCAUGUCGUUUCCGUGCAACCUCUAGAAAACCAAGAAGAAUCAGAAAACCCAUUUCCCAAAACACUACGAAAGCAGCAAACAUAAGAAGAAGAACCACGACAAGUUAACUGACUGCGGCACCAGAAGAGCGAGAAGAGAGCAAGGUAGAGCGAGAAUGUCUGUGUCGUGCGGUAUAGAGUGCGUAGUUUGCAUAGGCUGCACUCGAUGGGCAUGGAAGCGAUGCACAUACAUAGGCAACGACGAUAGCAAGACAUGGACUUGUGCAACAUAUGAAGAAUUCGAGCCCAUUCCUCGAAUUUGCAGAGUAAUUCUUGCAGUUUAUGAAGAAGACCUUCGAAACCCGAAAUAUCCACCCUCUGGUGGCUAUAGAAUGAACCCUGACUGGGUAGUAAAGCGUGUGACCUAUUCGGACACAAGGGUUCAAGCUCCACCAUACUUAAUCUACAUUGAUCACGAUGCCAGAGACAUUGUUCUCGCAAUUAGGGGCUUAAACUUGGUCAAGGAGAGUGAUUAUAAGGUUUUAUUGGAUAAUAGGCUUGGAAUGCAGAUGUUUGAUGGGGGAUUUGUGCACCACGGUUUGCUCAAAUCUGCGACUUGGCUGUUAAAUCAGGAGUCUGAGACGCUUAGGGAGCUGGUUGAGCGGCAUCCUGGGUAUACUCUCACUUUUUCUGGCCAUUCUUUGGGUUCUGGGAUAGCCGCAUUGCUUACGAUUCUCGUGGUGAACAAUAGGGAGAGUAUUGGUGGGAUCGAUAGGAGUAAAGUCAGGUGCUAUGCAGUGGCACCUGCAAGGUGUAUGUCUUUGAAUCUCGCAGUGAAGUAUGCUGAUGUUAUACACUCCGUUUUAUUGCAGGAUGACUUCUUACCAAGGACGGCGACACCCUUGGAAGAUAUAUUCAAAUCUAUCUUUUGUUUGCCAUGUCUAUUAGUUUUCGUUUGCUUGCGGGACACGUGUAUACCAGAGAGUAGAAUGCUCAGAGAUCCAAGAAGGCUUUAUGCUCCUGGACGGAUAUAUCAUAUGGUAGAGAGAAGGUUUUGCAGAUGUGGAAGGUAUCCUCCCGAGGUAAAGACUGCUAUCCCAGUAGAAGGAAGAUUUGACCAUAUCGUUCUCUCAUGCAAUGCCACUUCUGAUCAUGGAAUUAUAUGGAUUGAAAGAGAAUCCCAAAAAGCUCUAGAUCUGAUGACGGAGCGUAUGACAAAGACAACUGCUCCUCCUCCGCAGAGAAUCGAGAGGCUCCAGACCAUUGAGAAAGAGCACAAGGAUGCCCUUGAGAGAGCCGUUAGCCUAAAUGUGCCUCAUGCCAUUUCCCCUAUGGAGGAUCAAGACAAUAACAUGGAAACCAUGACUUCUCAAACUGAUGGAGAAACCUCAUCUCGAAGUGGACCCAAAAGAACAAAUUGGGAUGAAGUGGUCCAAAAGCUUUUUCAAAAAGACAAGUCAGGGAAACUUAGCUUGAAGAAAGAUAUCGUAAUUGACGAAUGAUCAUUGUCAUUGUCAUCAUCUUCAUCAUCAUCAAGGCUACCAUCUCAUUGUUAUAUCAGUAGAAGUUUCAUCAUGAUCAGCUACACUUUUGGGGGGCUACGGGAUGUUGGUAUUAUGUUUAUAUUCUUUGUGGUAUUAUGUUUAUAUUCUUUGUAGAGCGCAGACUGAAUGUUGUGAUGCAUGCUAUUGCGUGAAGCUGCACAUGAUAGUGGAGACAUGGCAUGUACAUAUAAUGUGUUAUAUGAAGCCUUGGGACAUACAAGCGGGGGUACAUUUUUCACUGAUACCGUGUUUUGUAAAUGGGGUGUGCAGUUAUUCUAACGUUCUGUGCUGCACUGAUUCGAUUUGAUGAUUUAUAUGUAUUCCUUGUGGGUGACAAGGAGAUAGAA